AUGGCCCCUCCCAGGGGGCCCUCCGCGGAGGAAGGGCUCCUAGGGGCCCCCCAGUUUGUGGCCUACGAGCCUUUAAAACCCCUUGGCAAGCCUGAAGCCUUUUUCGAUCCCUCAUCAGCGUACCCGGGAGCCAGUGCUCCGGUUACCUGCCUUCCGGCUCACGCGGUCAGGGUCCCUCAUGAGUGGAAGGGGCCCACAGAGGGAACUGACCCUGCUACGAAAUUUGUAGAUUACAAGUUCAGAGGGCGCCACCUUCCCCCUGGCAUCCUAGGGCCCUUUGAUGGUUGGACACGAGCAAGUAAUUUAGGUUCUCCCAACCCACCGUACGAGCCGUUAGACGAAGGGCCCCUGCCUCAACCACACAUACCCGCGGAGGGCCCAAGUGCCGAACCUUCAGUGGUAACUGCUCCUCCUAAGAAAGGAAAAGGCGCCAAGGCGUCCCUUACCGCGACAAGAGGCAAGGAGUGCCCACCGCUUGCUUCCUCAGAGGAACCUUACUAUUCUUUACAAACCCGCAAGCGAGCCCUCGCCCAAUCUGGGGCUCAAGAGGGCCCCUCCUCACAGAGCGGCAAUACUAGGGGAGCUAGCAGCAGCAGGGGGUCUCCUGAUUUAGGAGCUAGUGCCUCUUUAGCCGUAGGCACCACUCCUUCAGGAGGUGGGCUUCAGCAGGAACUGUACGGCCGAUAUGCUGACGAGAAGCUCUUAGCUCAGGCCCACCUAGAUUUGGGGUGUCCAGGAUGGGGCUUGAACGGGGGGGACUCUGAGGAACUCACAAGCACGGAAGUGCUGUCUGCGGCACCCAAAGGAAACCCCUGCGUGGUAGUGAACGUGCGGAGUUUCUGCACCAGAGCUGUAAAGUUGGGGCCUCCACCCAAGGGCCCUUUUGGGCGCUGGCUGCACGGUAUAUUUGGGUUCCUCGCAGAGUGCGCUGUAUUUCUGCCUCGAGGGCUGUUUCUCUGGGAACUGCUACACCCCCAAACAGAGAAAGGCUUCCCGCUGGUAAACCCUCAGGGAGUCUACGGCCUCAGACUCUUCUUAGACGGGGCCUGGAGGGUAGUAGAGAUCGAUGACUUUGUGCCCGUAGGUGGACCUCAGGGAUCCCCCGUCUUCCCAGGGUCUGCUAAUGCUCACGAACUCUGGGGGCCUUUAAUUGCUAAAGGCCUUUUGAAAGCGUUCAGGAACAUCCUCGCUGCAGGAGGAGGGCCCCCUCCAGUCAUACAGGCUCUUACUGGGAGAAGAGAAGUUACACUUCCCCUCUCUCCAUCGCUUCUUGGAUCCUAUGUUUUAAGGGGAAUCUGGGUUACUGUCAAACUUAGCCCCGCAGCUGCAUCGGCAGCAGCUGCCGCCAAUGGCGAACCCGAUGCUGGAUGCACGACCAGAAAGUGGGAUGCUACCAGUGCAGCAGCAGAAAGGGAGAGGGCAAGCUCCCUUGAAGGGUUCCGAGAGGCCUCCUCUGAGCACAUGUUGAGCUGGAGUCCUUUCCUAGUUGCAGCUGUUCGCGAAGAGGGGGCCCCGGCUGUGUCUCUUCUAAAUCGGCAGUCAGGUGGGGGCCCCUUGCAGGAUAUAGUGGGGGCCCCGGGAGCCCAACCGAAACUAUGUGAAGGCUCAGAGUGCUUCACGCAACCGGUUGCCCAAGACUCCACAGGGCCUUCUCUGGAGGAAGCUGAGCAGCUUUCCGAGGAGUCUUUCACAGACUUCAGUGGGACCCUACCUCUGAGUAGCCCCCGACACCCCUACAAUAUACAGCAACAGCUGAAGCAACAGCGUGCUGCUGCUGCCGCUGCUGCUGCUGGCGAACCGCAAAUAAGGAGGGAAAAAGAGGGGGGCCCCAUCAUUGUCACGAGACCACUCGCUAUCCUUCUGCAGCACUUGCUGGGGGGCACUGCUCUGCCAAAGGAGCUCGAUUGGGAGCAUUAUGAGAGGCCUCCAGAUUCUUGUGCUGCUCAGGAAGCUUUGCCAGAACAGAAGGGGGGCCCUGGUCUCCUAAAGAAAACCUGUGUAGCAACAACUUUAACAGACGACGGAAGAACUCCCCACAAACCUGAGAGCGAGGCUCCAGUCAUCAACGUAGAAACCCCGAGACCUUUGGUUAGCCCCACCGGAGCUGCUCAGCUUCGCCGAAGCAGUACUGCCAACCUUGAGAAAGCGGCCCUCCUUACGGACGCCCAGAAGCUGUGGGGGGUUCCAUGGGCGACAGAGGGGCCCCCGCCGGUUCCCGCGGAAGGUUUGCGGCUUGAAGGGGGGCCCUGGGUGCCUUGGGACAAACUAGUCGCGUGCCUUGCGGGAAGGCCCUGCAAUACCUGCAGCACCUUUAGCAGCAGUAGCGGCUGCUACUCCUGCAGCGGGCCUUCCUUUUCUGUUUUCCUGCCGGAGCAAAUGCUUGAGGGGGCCCCCCUCAAGGACCUUUACGACUACGAGAAGAGUCUCCUGCCCCUUCAAUUUCCUCUCAGGGCCUCGGUGUGCCUCUUGCAGAUUCCCAAAAAAGGGCCUUCCCAAGCCGCCGCGGCCGCAACAACAGCAGGUAGAGCAGCUGAGGAAGAGAGGACAGCUGCGGCAAAACGGAGGCGUUGCCUCAAUCACUUCAGGCCCCACACUGUGUUACUGUCUCUCGAGGGGAACCCUACGAUGGUCGAGGGGCUGACGACGGAUCCCCAGGAACGCUCACUGCAGCAAGGAACAGAUGGGCGUCCGGAACGGGGGUCAGAUGCCUGUCGGUUUCCACAUGCGACAGCUUGCCACUUCCUUAACCUUGAUACUAUCCUCCCCCAAUGGGCUGCGGAGGCCCCUCAGAUUGCUGCAUGGAGCGCUGCUUCCGCGCUGGGUCCUGCUGGUGCUGGAGCUGAUCCUGCUGUCUUCGCUGCCGCGGCACAAAUAUUGAUGGGCCCCGAGAGGACGAACACUUUGGCCGCCGGCUGGGAUGCGGAAUUUCCGCCUUCUCAUGAACUAGGCCUUACCUCUGCAGAGGCAUCCGAAGACGCCUCAGCAGCUGGGUUCUCGUCCACAAGCCACUUGCUGCUGCGGCGUCUGAAGGAUGCCCUCCUAGCGGAGGACUUAGGGGCCCCCCGUCCGGGGGCAGAUUGGAGUGCCCUCCAGAUGCUCCGCCUAGCAAGGGGCUUUGAGAGUUUGCUUUUAGAAGGACAUACGGGCUCUCCAGUCAGCGCCCUGCUGGAUCUAGGGGCAGGGAUUUUUGGAUUCUUGGUUUUUUUGAGGGCUCCCGGUGCUCCAGGGCCCCUCACUGUGUCAUGGAGGAGGCCCCUGCAGCAGCACCAGCAGCAGCCGGUAGAGGGGCUUCUGCAUCAUCAGCAGGGAAAACGGCGGGGGCCCCUUGUCGACGCUAUUGUUUGCCCUGGAGGUUUGCCCAAAGAGGGCGGCGGCGCUCAGGGGCCUUUACAGCAGGGUUUCUUGGGGAGUGCAUGCACACACUACAGCCUAGACGAAUUUUUGCAGCAGCAGCCCCUCUGCUUUCGUGUGCAAAAGUGUCCCAUUGUAGGCCCUGAGAAUGGGGGUCCCGGAUGCUACUCUGUCUGGUUCAAAGCAGAGGUGGAGGCCCUUUGGGGCCCCUCAGAUGGGAGCCCCUACCUGGUGCUGAUGCCCCAUCUCCCGCACGCAGGCCUGAUACCUUUCCUUCGUCUUUCUCUUACACCCUUGGGGUCUCCGCGCAGGUUGCCUCUACGUGGCGCCCUCGAAGAAGGCUGCAGCGCCUCAGAAAUCUCUCUAGAGGAGUGCCAGAGUUACACCAACGUCCACCUCGGCUCCAAGGAUCUUCGAACCCUUCCCAUUUUGCCUUUCCUGAAGGUUUCACUCACAAGCCAACGCUUUCCCCACCAAGACCACCGGCAUCAGAAACAGCCGCAGCAUUCCUACGUAGGUAAGUAUCUGCUUCUACUUGAGGCCGCCAUCCCUAGCCCCUCACGUGCCGUCCAUUGCGCCCUCACUGUAGCCCUCCCUCCUCCGGUGUCAUCCGAGGAGGAGGGCCCCAUACUGGAGGGCCUUGCUGGAUCUGAAGCUCCACCUGCACCUGUGGGGGAGCCCUCCCAGGAGGGCCCUGUUUCCCUGCACACGCCUCUGGUCAUUCGUCCUCUCCCCAUCAGUUUUAAAGCUAGCUGGGCAGGGGAUUCCCUGUGGGGCCCUGCGGGGCGCUACCCCGGGUCCAAAGACCUUUGCAAUUACUCCGACCAAGACCGUUUUCUUGUCUGCAACCUGCGAAUAGUGGCCAGAGGUCCGCAGACAGUGCGUGUUUCUCUUUCCUUGAAGCUUGAGGGGGGAAGCCAAGGAAACUGUCUACAAGUGCAGCUGCUGCGGCUUGACAGAAAGACAGCCUUCGAUGCUACGAGAGAAGCUUCGAUUAAAGACAACGCCCUGCACGCAAUCCCUGAUGCCCCGCUAGAAGGGCCCCUGGCAGAAGCAACUGAGACACCAGCAGCAAUCCCCAAGGCCCCUCUAGCUCCCAAGGCAUACCCUCAACGGAAAGGGGCUUCCGAAUACGACGGCCAUUCCCACCCUGGAAGUCCCCCCCGGAGGCCGGAAGAGGUCCUGCUGCUGCAAGAAGACGGCCCCAGUGUGUGUAUUUUCCCCGAUGUGCAUCUAUCACCGGAAGUCCCCUAUAUUCUCAGGGCUCAUUACAUUGGCGCCUGUGGGCAGUCUGCAGAGGCCUUCCCCCAUGCAUCCACUUGCUCUCAACCAAGCAAAAGCCACGGCAGGAGCAGCAGGUGCAGCUGGCUACUAGAAGUUGUUGGGAGCGGGGAGGUGCUCGUGGGACCCGAUAUCAGCAAAGAAGAAUUUAAUUUCGCGUGGCUGUCCCGUUGUGACCCAGAUAGGGGCCCCCGGGGGGCACGCAGCCGUAAUUCGUAUCUCAACGGGCAACGGGGAGGCCCUUUCUGGCGGCCCUUACUCGAAGGACGGCCAGCGGGCGUCGGAGAAGCUCCGGAUAUAUAUGCAACUACGCUCCAGCAACUGCAGUUGCUGGUACACUGGAAGGCGCAGAUGUCCAUCGAAGACUUCUUUCGGGCCUUGCAGUUUGAGGCACUCGAGGGCCUCCAACAAGAUAAGGGCCGUGCCGCAACCGAAGACGGGCCCUCUGCUUCAGCAUGUUCCCUGCCUCGGUGUGCUCUUCAAGAGCGCUCCCCCAGCAGCAACCUACAGGCUUUAGAAAGCCCUCAGGACGAAUUCCGCGGUUCUCGAGAUUCUCAGGGUAGAGAGGAAACACAGAGUUCCCCUUUCGACUUGACACUGGAAAUGUUCUGCAGCAGCAAGCUGCUGUCUGAGGGACCUCUGGGGACACUUUUGGGGUCCGUGGACGUCCGCAAGCGCCUUUACACGGAAUGUUUGGGGCCCCUUGUUGCUGCAGCGGGAGGCUCGGUGACACCCCCGUUGAUGGCUGCAGCCAUGGAGAGAGCAGCAUGGGGUUCUUCCCCAAAAGGCCCAGAAGAAGACGGAGUUUUCCCCAAGGGGGCCGCUAACUCCAAGAAAGGGCAGAGCCCCCCAGAUAAGAGGCCCAAAGGACCUUCAGAGAGGCCCCGCCAGGCAGUAACUGUAGCACCUAGGGGACUUCAAAGUAAAGGAGGCAAGGAUGAUGCUAAGCGGGAGAGGAGCCUCUCUGUUGUGUGCUCCGAGGGCCCUGCACUGCAGCCUUCUAAACCCCAUUACUUAAGGAGCCCUUUCAAGCCCGAGAUUUACGUACAUCCUCUGCUACGCCGCUUUGCGGAGUCUAUUUCGGGUACUUGGCCCUACAGGACCGUGACCGCCUCUUCAUCGAGCGGUGUCUCUGACCCCCCUAGGCUGUCUCGAGGGUCCCCCGUGAUUGCAAGCUCCUUCCAGCCAUCGCACGACUGCAGCACCAUCCCUCAGACACAAACUGGACACCCAUGGGAACCCCAACUUGGCGAGGCCCGGUGUUCAAGCCCAUCGCAAAGAAGUUCCUCAGAACUGCUUGAGGCGACGGUGGCUUACAUAGAAGAGGUGCGUGCCCUCCUGCAGCAGCCUCAGCAGGAGGAGCAGCAAGCAGAGCAAAAGCAGCAAACGCAACAUCGGCCUCAGCAUCGGAAACACAAAUAUAGUUCAGAGGAGGGGCCCCCUGACCCGUCAGCUGCUGCUGCCAGCCCCCUUGAGCGGCUCCCCGAUCGCCAGGCGAGGAGGCCCCUCCAGAGGGCAAACGGGAAUCUCGGCUGA